AUGAGCAAAAUCAUCUGUCAAUUUAUUCAGGGCGUUUUAGUUCCACCAUUAAUUGCAUCAACGGUUGAUCAUGUCUCCUCGAACGUCAAUCAAAAUAUCAAUGCUCAGCUAAAGUUAUUCCAUCAUAAACGAACAGUGGCUUAUUUUCAAAGUUUAACUCAGGAAGAAAUAAAUGCGAAAGCCAAUCGUGAAACGCGAGCAUCAGCCCAUCGAGAGAUAAAUGAUGUUCGCACUGGUGCCCCCGGAAGAAUUCACCAUAUCGGAUUUAUUUGUCAAGCAAAGAACAUUCGAGUUCGUAUUUAUGAUCAAGAAGGUCGUGUCGAACAUGUCAUUGGUGAGGAUACAUCGAAAGAUGCAAUCGACAUCGUUUAUCAUCCACCGAGCGAACCGAAUGAUCUUGGCCAUUGGACAGUCAAGAACAGAGAAAAUAUUAAAAGCACUGGAAAAUUCAACUGUCUGUUCGAUGCGAUCGGUCCACAAAUCGAUUGUGCCGGAAAACAACUAAGACAAGACGCAGCAGCAACCAUGGAAGUUUAUCAGGAUCAACUAGCCGCAACGAUGUAUGAUGUGCAAUACUUGAAACAAAACUUUAGUGCAGCUUUAUUUACUGGUGGUCGUGUAGCAGAUAGAGAAAAUCUGAGAGCACAAAUGAGAGGCAGGGGCUCUCAAAGUGUCAUUCGAACAAAAACACCUCAUCGAACAUGGUCGUGUGAAUAUGAACGACCUCUAAGAGAAAACAAGGAAGGUUCUAGACAAAGAACUGGAUAA